GUAUGGAGUAAACCUGAUAGGGGUCCUGGACUCCAAUGCUGGUGAAGCCAAACUUCAACUGAACCCAGGUCCUGAUUACGUCAUGAAGGCAACAGAUUACUGUUUCUACAUGAGCUUGUCCAGGGAGGAGAACAUGAAGAUUUCACCCAAUGACCUGGAUGAGAUCAAGAGCACGUCAGAGACAAGAAACAAGAAUAUUGGUAAGUUCAUUAUCUUUUUAUUUGUGUUACUAGGAAGGAUGGUGUAUGAAAACACAUCUCAAGUGGCCUUAACAAAAAAAAAAAUUGUUUAUAGAGUCCUAAAGAUUACUGGUUCCUUUUUUGUUCCAUUCAUUGUGUAUUGCAUAUGAAAACAUGAGCUCUUCAGUGGAUUUUUUGAUGCAGUCAAAGUAAAAGGUUAGGUAAAAGGAAAUGAGUGAAACAAAGUAAGGGUAAACCUGAAAAAAAGACCACCGUGUUUUCCAGAAGCCGCCUUCAGCCGACCAACAACAGUCAAAACAAUGUGUGUUUUCCAGAAGCCGCCUUCAGCCGACCAACAACAGUCCAAACAAUGUGUGUUUUCCAGAAGCCGCCUUCAGCCGACCAACAACAGUCCAAACAAUGUGUGUUUUCCAGAAGCCGCCUUCAGCCGACCAACAACAGUCCAAACAAUGUGUGUUUUCCAGAAGCCGCCUUCAGCCGACCAACAACAGUCCAAACAAUGUGUGUUUUCCAGAAGCCGCCUUCAGCCGACCAACAACAGUCCAAACAAUGUGUGUUUUCCAGAAGCCGCCUUCAGCCGACCAACAACAGUCCAAACAAUGUGUGUUUUCCAGAAGCCGCCUUCAGCCGACCAACAACAGUCCAAACAAUGUGUGUUUUCCAGAAGCCGCCUUCAGCCGACCAACAACAGUCCAAACAAUGUGUGUUUUCCAGAAGCCGCCUUCAGCCGACCAACAACAGUCCAAACAAUGUGUGUUUUCCAGAAGCCGCCUUCAGCCGACCAACAACAGUCCAAACAAUGUGUGUUUUCCAGAAGCCGCCUUCAGCCGACCAANGGGGGGGGGGGGGGGGGGGGGCGCAUAACAAGGGAUUUGAGGAGGCCGGCAAAGGGGACACAACUGUUAGUGUGUCUUCAAUGCUAGAUUUGGUCAUUUUAAUGCAAAUUUUGAUCUCAAUAGGCAACAAAAAGAAGACAAUUUGCAAGGACAAGUUACUCUGUUAAAAAAAAAAUUGAACAUUUUCCCAGAGAGUAGAAAAUUAGGAAAAGAUAUUGAUCAUUUCUUUUGGAAGAAAAAUUAAGGAGAAAUAAAUGUAUUACUACAGUUGUUGUUUAGGAUACCUGGUACAUUAUUGUUUAAUACCAAGCCUUUUGCCCUGACUAUAGGAUUAAUACCUUUAUAAUUAUAAAUAACAUAUAAUGCGUUAUGAAUAUAUAUUUAUUCAAAAGCUAAUGCCUGUAGCUUAUAAACACAUUUAUAUGUGAGGCAAAUAAUGCAUACAACCUAUGUAAUAAUGGUUACAAUACCAUCAGCAAUACUCAAACUGUCAGUGUAUGCCACACUAACAUGUCUUCACAAAUUUACCAGUGUAUAACUAUUAUAACACUCACGCUAAUCCAUACUAUUGGGGACGCCAAGCUUAAUCACUUGAUCUGUUGGGCUGUAAAUAUGAGGCAGCUAAAAUCGUACAACUUAAAAACAAUUAAAACGCUGGCUUAAACGGUUUUCUUCCCAUAAGACUUUAAACAAAAUUCUCAUAUCAAUAAAAAGAUAGAAAAUAUGUCAGCUUAACAAUAAUUUUAUUCCUUUUUAAAUGUAGCACGCGGUAAAAAAUCAAAUGGAAAGAUUGUUGAUGAUGAGAAAGCAGAUACUGAAAAAAGGAGUAAGAAUAUAGGUGAGGAAAUGAACUAGACCUUCCUACUCAAUGAACUAGACCUUCCUACUCAAUGAACUAGACCUUCCUACUCAAUGAACUAGACCUUCCUACUCAAUGAACUAGACCUUCCUACUCAAUGAACUAGACCUUCCUAGUCAAUGAACUAGACCUUCCUACUCAAUGAACUAGACCUUCCUACUCAAUGAACUGUUGCACUUGACCUAAAGCCUCCCAUCCUGCACAAGACACUGUUCUAAGAUCCCCUCAACUUUCUAACUGUCCUUCUCUUACUAAAACCACACCAUUUUCAAAUGGUCUUUUAAGCCUUAGUCUCACAUCUAAAAGACUCAAAUAUUGAAGUUCUGAGCAGUUUUAAAAUAGAUUAAUUAAUGGCUUUAUGGGUGAUUUAUGUGGUAUAAUCCACAAUUCAAGAUUUCUCUCAGAAAAAACUUUUCCUGCUUGUGAUUGGUAGAGACAUGUUUAAAAUACAUUUUCAUUCAGCAGUUCAAGGCAGAUCAAUUUGAUCUUAAGACCAAGUGCAACAUUUAGAAAUCUGACCAUAUUAUGGGCCCUGGCUCUAGAAAAGGGUACACUUAGGAAAGUUGAUCAAUUUAGCUAGAAUAAUCCAUAUGUCAUUCUGUCAACACUAUAUAUCUGGUUGUGCUGUGAUUUAGUUAGAUCACUAGUUGUUAAGUUAAAAAGAGAAACAGAAUUAUCAAAUUAAUGUCAACAAAAUCCAGGUAGAAAAUCUGGGUUUUUUUAGACUAAAGUUAAGCUCUUCAUUUAAAAUAAAGGAUGUACAGUACUGUUUUUUUAAUUAAGAACGCUCUCUGAGAAUAAUUUUCUGCCUAAUUCAGUGGUUCUUUGAAAAAUCAGGCAUAAUCUAUGGACCCCUCCCUAUACUAUAAAAAAAAAGUACAUGCACAGAAUUUGCACGUAAGGGAUAAACAUAAAUGAAAAUUGAUUGCCCCAUACAGUUUUAAUUAAUGACGGUAGGCGCAAAAAGUAACAUUGAAACUCCCGCAUCUUGAACUUGUUGUUUGUCAACGCUGCAUGCUCCAAGUGCCAGAUAUUCUGAGCAAUAAGAGGAUAAUAUGAGCAAUAAAAGGAUGAUAUUUUGGGCAGUUGUCGUUGGAAAUAGGUCUACCUUAGUGGUCUGUGAAUCUCAGGCCAUGAACCCCUGGCUAAGUUAAACAAUAUAUACCCUCUUUGCUCCGCUAAACGGCUAUGUUCACAUUCAUUAUUAUUCUAUAAAACUUCUACAGCUUAAAUAAGCUUCUGUGAACCCUCUAAUGCAGGGGUGUCAAACUCAAUAGCUUGGCGGGCCAAAAGUCAAAUCACCGAACAAUAUGAACAUUUAAUAAGUGAAAAUGAACCCUUUUUAAACAUUUAUAUAAAUUAAAACAGGAAAAAAUUUAAAUUAAAAAUCAUUGGCUUACUCAUUUUCACUCUUAUCCUUAUUUAUCAGAGCUAGAUGUUUGGCAUCUUGUCUUGGCUACAAGUUCGUUUAUGUUGGGAGUGACGUUUUGUGUCAUUGAGAUUCCCAUAACGGACGCAAGUGUUCAUCAGUGAGACAACUCCUGUAUGAUGUCUUGUUAAUCUUCAUCACAGAAAAUAACUGGCAUACAGAUAUGUGCUACCAAACAUGCUCAAGGAUCGAGCUGCAUGUAGACGAAGCUGGGGGAUCUCUUCUGGAAUGAAAUGAAUGAACUGUGCAGUCCCACAGUGUCAUACUUUGCCUUUAGUGUCUCAUUACACUGCAGCUCUAUUAGCCCCAUCUGCAAAUGUGCAGGUGCUGUUUCCACUCCAUGACAAAUGAGUUACCAAACAGCUCAAAAUUACAUUUCUGUUCUUCAAAGUCACUAAAGCGCUGUGCGAAUUCGGUACGAAGUAAGCUAAGUUUUUAGCAAAGUGUGCAUUGGGAAACAACAUAGUGUUGACUUGGUUCAACAUUGCUUGGCUACAAGAAUAGUGAGACAAGUUGCACUGGUGCAUUUGUGUCUCAUAAGCAGCUUGUAGGCUCAAGUCCUUGAGAUGAGUGGUUGUGUCAGACAGAAACGCCAACUCAUAUUUAUACUUUUUAUCCCGAAAAACUGGAGUCUUUUUUCCUUUGCUGUCCAUGAAUUGAAAAAUUUCCUCGAGCAGAUGAAAAAAAUCUACUAAGAACUUUUCCCCGACUUAGCCACCACACCUAUUGUAUGAUAAGGCAUGUCGCCGAACGUUGAGUCUAUUUCCUGCAAAAAAUGCUGAAAUUUGCGGUGAUUUAAAACUUUGGCUCUGAUAAAGUUGCCGGUUUGUGUUACAGUGCUCAUUACACCAUCCAUGUUGAGGACUUGAACACACAGCUAUCCUUGGUUUAUGAUGCAAUAACAUGCUAUCAGUUCACCAGUACAGUUCUCCUGCAUCUUUAAACACAUCUUUCCAACUAGUCCACUUUUUCCGCCACAAAUCGCCGGUGCUCCAUCUGUUGUAAGUCCAACAAGUUUGUCCCAAGGCAGGUUCAUGCUGGUUAAACUUUAACAUACAUUGUCAAAAAUGUCUUUUCCUGUCGAUGUCCCAUGCAUGGAUUUCAUUUCCAAUAUUUGUUCUAUAACAUUUAAACUGGAGUCCACUCCAGGGAUGAAGAUGGCGAGUUGUGCAGUGUCAGUCGUGUCAUUACUUUCAUCGACAGCAAGUGAGAAUGCAACAAAGCCUUUCCUUUUUUCGAUCAGCUGUGUUUUGAUAUCAGUGGCCAUCUCACAAACCCGUUCAGCUACUGUAUUUUUGCUAAGUCUUACAUUUACAAACAUCUGAUUUUGUGUGAACACAAGACAUCACACACUUUCAUCAUGCAGCUCUUCAGAAACUCUCCUGUAAAUCGGCCAGCCUUAUUCUGGUUCUGGUAAUGUUUCGUUGCUGCAUCCAUGUACUGGCAUCUUUGCAACGGUUGGGGAUAUGAUGUUGCUAUUUUAACAGCUCCUAGCUGAUGCCAGGGCAGCCUUGAAGCUUUCGACCAAUGUCGAGUUCACAGUGGCAUCGUUCAGGUGGUUCCAUGCUAUUAUUGUGCAUGGGAAGAAAGAUUGUUGAUACUGCACUGAGGCAAUUUGAAGCAUUUUCUAUUGUUUCUGGUGUAAUUGUUUAUGGGAAUGUCAGUGGUGAAGUCAGUGUUCAGUGAGCGUUUUGCUCUGAUCAGUCUACCCGGCUUCUGUGGGGUGAGGUACGUGCCUGCUGGGAAUGCCGGCACCAGUCCCAUGAUCACUUUAUAUAAGAAUAUCAGGAAAUCUCCUCCGCCACAAUAAAACUUGCUUUCACAGCAUCCUCAGUUUGUGAUUUUGGUUUGAGGAAAAACGUCUGCUGUGAUUUAAAAUUCCUCUUCAAUUCUUGUAGCUUCUGCUCUGCAUUCAAGCUUUUUAACUCGUCUCGAUGUUUAGUCUCGUAAUGCCGUCUCGGAUUAUAUUCCUUGAUCAGAGCCACAUUAUCUCCACAAAUUAGACACACAGGUUUUUAGCCUCCCAGCGACUUUGAAAGGCUCUUAUUUCAGAAUCAACUUUUCUCUUUGCCAUUUUAAGGCUAACUUUGAGUAAAAAAAAAAAAAGCUGGAGUGUCUACUGACAGACGAUUGAUUUUUAUCAAUUUAGGCGUAGCUCGAACAGGGGAUGUAAUAUCCUGGAAUUACACUACCUUCAUUUCUUAUGCACCAAUGCAAAAUGAGCAGCAACUGAAAGUUGCUAUGUUACUUUAAUGAAGAACAUCUAAUCACUACACAACUUUUAUUUUCGCUUAUUCUGAUCUCAGAUAGACAAUCAUCAAGGCUGCUAAUUAGGGAAUUUGAUUUGCCCUUUAUAUGGCAGAACUAUUAAAUAAUUUUUUUGCCUAAAAUGAUCUCUCUGGGCAAAUAUAAUUGUACCCCGGUUAAGACCUCUCGGGCCUGAUAUAAAUGUACAGUGGGCCGGAUGUGGCCCGCGGGCCUUGCGUUUGACAAAUGUGCUCUAAUGGGUUCAAGGCAGCUUCUGAUGCUUUAUUUUAUUGCAAUGAAUUAUUUAAUGUAGUUUUUGACUGCCAUUUUAUUGAAAUCAAGGUUAAGGAUGUAACUUUGUUUUCUCCAUUGAUUCAAGUCAUAGUCACCACAAAAAUUACAAAAAUGGAUUUGAGAAUGAACGAUCCACUGAUGUGUCAUUAAAUAAAUAAUGCAGUGGCCCAAAUCACAAAUGAUAUAAUUUCUAGCAGUGUUAUCCAGGAGAUAUAUUGCCCACAUCCCAACAUGUGUAAUCAUAAAAUCUGAUGACAAAGACUGGCCGUGAUGGCAGAGUGAGUUUGUCAUGGUUAUAUUCUAGUGGGGAUUAAUUGGAUGGGCACUGCUGGUCCCUGGGGAUUAAUUGGAUGGGCACUCCUGGUCCGUGAGGAUUAAUUGGAUGGGCACUGCUGGUCCCUGGGGAUUAAUUGGAUGGGCACUGCUGGUCCCUGGGGAUUAAAUGGAUGGGCACUGCUGGUCCCUGGGGAUUAAUUGGAUGGGCACUGCUGGUCCCUGGGGAUUAAUUGGAUGGGCACUGCUGGUCCCUGGGGAUUAAUUGGAUGGGCACUGCUGGUCCCUGGGGAUUAAUUGGAUGGGCACUGCUGGUCCCUGUUUACUUUUAAAUGUUAACGUUUGAUGGCAUAAUUUGUUUUGUUUAUAAUCCACAAGUUAUGUCUCUCCUUACAGCCAUGAUUGUCAAGGAGAUGCACAAAUUCAUGCAAGACUUGGAUGUAGAGCAAGAAGAAGUAGAUGAGGAAUCUGUCUUCAGUACCAUCACCUCUAACAUAGGCGCCACCAUGGCCAAAAAUAUAAGGAAGGGACUAGAAGGUAAAUUAAUCCUAACACCUCUAUCAUAGGAGCCAUCAUGGCAAAAUAUAAAAGGAAGGGAUUAGAAGGAAGGUUAAUCCUACAACCUUUAAUAUAGACGUACCCAUGGCAAAAAAUAAAAGGAAGGAAUUAGAAGGUAAGUUAAGCUUAUCAGUUCUAUCAUGGCAUGUCAAAUAAACAUAAGCAUUAAAAAUGAAUUAGAAGUGGAUGGGAACUUGUUAACCUUGGAUGGCAACUCAUCUAAGAGAAGGAAACUCUGAAAUCAGACUGGCAACUUCUGGGAUGCUACUGGUGCCAAACUGUAUCAUCUACAUAGGAUGUUCCAUUUGAUUAACCAGCUGCUACUGGUGCCAAGCUGUAUCAUCUACAUAGGAUGUUCCAUUUGAUUAACCAGAUGCUACUGGUGCCAAGCUGUAUCAUCUAUCCAGAUGCGUGGAGAGAAGCUAUUUGCCAUCAAGGGAACCAGCUUAUCCUCCUAAAAACAAAUCUAAAGUCUUAUGAUUUCAUCCUAUGCACCAUUGUAUGGAUGCCAGAGUCUACACCAUUGUCACAUACAGGUGAACGGAUGCCAGAGUCUACACCAUUGUCACAUACAGGUGAACGGAUGCCAGCGUCUACACCAUUGUCACAUAUAGGUGAACAGAUGCCAGAGUCUACACCAUUGUCACAUAUAGGUGAACGGAUGCCAGAGUCUACACCAUUGUCACAUAUAGGUGAACGGAUGCCAAAGUCUACACCAUUGUCACAUAUAGGUGAACGGAUGCCAGAGUCUACACCAUUGUCACAUAUAGGUGAACGGAUGCCAGAGUCUACACCAUUGUCACAUAUAGGUGAACAGAUGCCAGAGUCUACACCAUUGUCACAUAUAGGUGAACGGAUGCCAGAGUCUACACCAUUGUCACAUAUAGGUGAACGGAUGCCAAAAAUAAAAAAUCCCAUCACUCUAAAACAGGAAGAUGAAAUAGGAAUGAACUACUGUGGCCGAAUUUAUGAGAUUGGAAGUUACUAUAGUGUGAGAUUUAUUUUCUUUUGAACAUAUAUUAAUUUGAUUCUCUUGCUAGGUGAACCCUUACUCUCUAAGGAAGCUCUCUCCUUGGCUGGGAAAUCCAAUGGUAUGGCCAAGGCCAGCAUGACCGGUGGGCUAGAGACAUUUGAUCGUGUCCAUGCUGCCACCGUCCCCUUGAAGAUUGUACAGCACAUGAUCAACUUGGGAAAGGAAAGGUAAUUCUUAGAGAUCUUUUCAAGACUGGCCCGCUCUCUGCCAUCAAUAACAUUUUUUAAAAUUAUUUCCUGUUGUAAUUUUCUAUUUGUUUAGGAAAAAUCUAGUGACGCGAUUUAAAAAAAAAAUUGUGCAAAGUUUCUAUCGUUUGGAAACCACUGAUUUAGCUAUGCUGCUAGUCUUGUUUGCUUGAAUUGUAGGGGUAUCUGAAAAGUGAUUUUAAAAAUUCAUGUUUUCACACCAGGAAGGACAAUAGUUGAAUCUAUCUACUGGUUGACUGCUGAUUGUUGAAAAUUAAUAGUUGUCUUGAAUGUCUAUUUAUUGUUUUCUCCUUUGACUUUUGACUACUUAUUGUUGUCUCCUAUGCCUACAUAUAGUUUUUUCUUAUGUCUACUUAUUGUUGUUUUGUAAGUCUACUUAUUGUUGUCUUGUAUGUCUACUUAUAGUUGCCUUGUAUGUCUACUUAUUGUUGUCUUGUAUGUCUACUUAUUGUUGCCUUGUAUGUCUACUUAUAGUUGUCUUGUAUGUCUACUUAUUGUUGCCUUGUAUGUGAUGUAACCAAACAGUCCACCCUCUGUUUCAGUAUGACCAUUGGGCCACCACCUAGCACUUUAAACCUGGGAACCAGGCGUACCUUGUGUCACCUUCAUAAAGAACCCAGAGCCUUGUGCUGCUUGGAGUGGGGAAAGGUGUGUCUCUAAGUUCUCUGCAUUUCUUAAUACUUCCUACAAUAAGCUCCAUAGAUACAUUGCCUAUUUUUUAUUAACAUGGAUAAAAUGUCCAUUAAAAGAAGUAUUUCAGACAGGGGCCUGCAAUCAUUAAAACAAGUAUUUCAGACAGGGGCCUGCAAUCAUUAAAACAAGUAUUUCAGACAGGGGCCUGCAAUCAUUAAAACAAGUAUUUCAGACAGGGGCCUGCAAUCAUUAAAACAAGUAUUUCAGACAAGGGCCUGCAAUCAUUAAAACAAGUAUUUCAGACAGGGGCCUGCAAUCAUUAAAACAAGUAUUUCAGACAGGGGCCUGCAAUCAUUAAAACAAGUAUUUCAGACAAGGGCCUGCAAUCAUUAAAAGAUAUCAGGGCACUUAAAAGCCUGAAAAACACACCAGGUUUGAGAGUCAAGCUAGUGAAAUCUAUGUAUACUAUGUAUUAGUUGUCAGAAUCUAUGUAUACUAUUUAUUAGUUGUCGGAAUCUAUGUAUACUAUUUAUUAGUUGUCAGAAUCUAUUUAUUAGUUGUCAGAAUCUAUGUAUACUAUUUAUUAGUUGUCAGAAUCUAUGUAUACUAUUUAUUAGUUGUCAGAAUCUAUGUAUACUAUUUAUUAGUUGUCAGAAUCUAUGUAUACUAUUUAUUAGUUGUCAGAAUCUAUGUAUACUAUUUAUUAGUUGUCAGAAUCUAUGUAUGCUAUGUAUUAAUUGUCAGUAAUGAACAAGUUAACAAAAGAAUUCAUCUUAUAAGUUAUUUCAAGUAAUUGUAGAGUUAAUUGUCCCUAAUUAUUACUGGAAGACCUAGCUGUUUUCCUCCUAGGACAGUGACAAGAAAGGGCCAGCCCCUCCUUUAUUAUUAAAAUAGGGUUUCCCAUGUCAGGAGACAGCUGACAGGCUCGGCCUACUUUAGACAAAUGAGCCAUGGUCUCCCAUGUCAGGAAACAGCUGACACGCUCUGCCUACAUGAGACAAAUGAGCCAUUGUACCAUGGAAAAUAAGAAAGACUAGAAAAGUUGAAAGGUUUAAAUUCAAGGCAUGCCAUUUAAAUGCAGUGUUUCAUCUUUAUUACUUGUGCAAAAAUUCUAGUCAUUGAGAUUAUUUUUAGCUCCCAUGUACAACUGUGACAAUUAAAAAUGGGGUCUGGAAAUUAAUUUAAAGAUAGUGUUGUCUCCCAUACACAAAGGUCAAACAAUUUAAAAAGAUGAUGUGUUGUCUCCCAUGCUCAAAGGUCUGACAAUUUAAAAAGAUGUGUUUCUCCCAUACACAGAGGCCUGACAAUUUAAAAAGAUGAUGUGUUGUCUCCCAUACACAAAGGUCUGACAAUUUAAAAAGAUGAUGUGUUGUCUCCCAUGCAGCCCUGUGAGCACUGCAGCUUCAAGAUUGCCUCUGACCAUCGGUGGGAUCAUCAGCUGGUCAUUCUAUCCGUAAGACAGUGCUGCCCAGGACUCUACAACUUCAUCAUACCUCUCCGUUCAAACUACCUGAGUCAGCUAUCAUUGAGUCCGAUUGUUUUGAUGUUUGAGGAACGGUCAGUACCUUACUUGACAGAAUUUACUUGUGUUAAGUACAGUGAGUAACCUACUUGGCAGAAUAUAUUUUCGUUAAGUCCAGUCAGUAACCUACUGGCCAUAAGCAACCAGGAGAUAAGGCAGGCAGGUUAAGUAUGGUUAGUUAAAAAAAAAAAAAAAAAAGGUAGAGAAGUUAGAUGCAAUUUUAUUUUAAAUUAGAGGAAUUUCUAUUUUAGAUUAUUCAGAUAGUAGAUCAGCCAUGUCAAGUUAUGAAGAAUGUCAUUCAGCCAGUCUUUGCCACGUUUUUCAAUGUGUUUAAAUUGUGCUUACAAAGCUGCUGAAACAAUACAUGGUAGGUAGAAAAAUGGUUCAUUCAAAAGUUAGGCAUUUCUCCAAAAGCUAAACGUUUUGAUAAUCGGAAGUACAAAGCCAGGCCAUUCAUCUUGGGAGGUCUAAGAUCUAACCAGACAACAGUAUGCAAAAUACAUAGCCUACUAAUGUUGACCAUAAAACUUUUAGAAGAGAGGUAGCAGUUUUCAAAAUGGUUGAAAGGUACAGAAGGCUGGACAAGCAGCAGCCAAAAAGACUAAUGGUUGAAAAUCGGAGACCAAACCAUAGAAUUAAAUAGAAAUCAAUACAAGAUGUGUCCUCUGAAAUUGAAGAGCAAUGCCACCUACCAACAGACAGAGAAAACUUACAAAUUAUUCCCAAAUACCUAAAACCAACAUUUACAACAGCAUAAAUCAAAACAGACAUAAUCAAAAGAUAUCAAAGUACAGACCCAUUACACACAAUAAUAGCUACAGAAACAACCAUGGCAUCCGAACAAGAAGCUAUAAUCCAAAUAUAUACAUGGAUGGUCAGCUUUGGAAUGAGUGCUACAUUCAGGCUAAAAGAGUACCAGACCGAUCAUGUGAUGAACUGUGCAACCCUUGUGGGGCAAUCUGCAGUAAUUAUGAAGCAGAAGCCAUUUCUAUUUAAGUAGCAUGAUGCCACUUAUCUGCCACCUUUGCAGUUUAUCCCAGCAAACUGAGACAUUUCAUUAUCUUCUCCAACUGCAAAUGAAUACUUGAGGUUGCUGAGCCUCAAGAUCUCAUAACAUCAACAGUUAAAUCAUUACUUCUGAAAAUCAACACUUUCCUCAAAACGGAGGAAGUCAAACUAACCAUAGAGAUCAGGACACUACAUUAUACCAGGACACUGAAGAGCAGACAAACUAAGAAACCAGGGACCUUCCAAUGAACAGCCCAACAUACCUGCAUCACUCAACACUACAAAUCAUACCUGCAUCACUCAACACUACAAAUCAUACCUGCAUCACUCAACACUACAAAUCAUACAUGCAUCACUCAACACUACAAAUCAUACCUGCAUCACUCAACACUACAAAUCAUACCUGCAUCACUCAAUACUACAAAUCAUACCUGCAUCACUCAACACUGCAAAUCAUACCUGCAUCACUCAACACUACAAAUCAUACAUGCAUCACUCAACACUACAAAUCAUACCUGCAUCACUCAACACUACAAAUCAUACCUGCAUCACUCAAUACUACAAAUCAUACCUGCAUCACUCAACACUACAAAUCAUACCUGCAUCACUCAACACUACAAAUCAUACCUGCAUCACUCAACACUACAAAUCAUACCUGCAUCACUCAACAUUACAAAUCAUACCUGCAUCACUCAACACUACAAAUCAUACCUGCAUCACUCAAAACUACAAAUCAUACCUGCAUCACUCAACACUACAAAUCAUACCUGCAUCACUCAACACUACAAAUCAUACCUGCAUCACUCAAUAAUGAAACAGAUUAUCAGAGCCAACAAAAAAGAAGAGUGGUUAAAUGGAUGUGCUAUGAACUCAACAGGAAAAUGUGUUUUCACACACAUGCUCAACCCUAAAGAUCCAAUAAAUUGCCUCAAAAGACACAAACAGCCCACAGGUCACAUGCAAUUUAAUUCCCACCUUGACUGCAUAAGACUGGAUAAAACACCAAUUAGCCCCCAUGCAGACAUCCAAAUGAGACGUUAACACAUCACCUCUUCCAGACUGUAACAAAUUACAUCUUCCACUGGCUGUCACUUCAGAACUUACGCCUAAACUAACUACCAAAAACACCAGACUACACCAUUACCCUAUAUACAAACAAAGAACAGCUGCUCAGAGAGUGUAAAUUCUUCACCAUGGCCGCAGGCCGAAGGGCACAUGCCCAAAUGGCCACUAGAUUUCAAUGAUGAUGAUGAUAAUUGUUGGUUUUUAACAAUGGCACCAGCAGGCUUGCACCUGCUAAUGCUAAUUAAUCUUGUAAUCAUUGCCUCUACUCUCUAGACCCACACGCUUCUUCAUGGAGACCAUUGCACAUUUCCCUCUUGUCUUCUGGAUGCAAGGAAACAUAACAAAGUGAGUGUGUCUUUAUAUUAUCUUAGGAUAUUGUUAAAUCAAUUAAAAAAAUGAUAUCUAUUUUUGAUGGUGGGCAAGACAGCUUAGCACUACAAAUGGGAAUUCUAUUCAGUUCAACAUAGAUUGGAAGAAAAAUGCUGUUGUAAAAACUAUAAAAAAAUUGGAUGAUAUAUCCCACCCUCUUCAUCAUGAUUUCACAUACCUAAGAUCAGCUCUCAAUCAGGGCAAAUUCAUUCUGUUAAAGCUAGGACCGAAAGAUAUACAAAUUAUUUUGUUUGCCAGUCUGUAGGAAUUGAUCAGUGUACUCCCCCAGCAGUUACCAAAUUAGGUUAAGGAGUUCAUUGAUUGCUGACUUUCAUGCUAGAGAAAUAUAUUCAAUGUAAUCUCUUUAAAUUGUAAUAAUUGUAAAUGUUGUCUUAGUUAAAAUAUGUAUUUAUUUAUAUGCUGAAAAUGAAUAUGUACAAUGUAAUAAAAAAUAUGUCCAUUUAUUUGAAUCAGUAAAAGAAUCUUAUCUUAAAAACUCACCACAAUGUCUAGACUGAGAUUAUUUCCCGCUUAGGUCCCAAAGGCAAAGUAAAAAAAAAACCUUUGUCUCGAUGCUUGUCAAUAGCAAAUUUGGCUUGUGUCGUAAAAUGAAUAAGACACACAAAAAUUUGUGUGAGUAAAACAGUAUGGUGAAACUUUAUUGAAAGAAGAAAAUUAAAAGUUUCCGCAAAUGAAUGCAGUCAUCUGUUAAACAAAACAGUUGUAUCAAUUUAAAUUAUUUAUCAUACCAAUUGAAUUUUUAAAAAAGAAAGGAUGGGCACAGACGCAAACAGGAAAUGAUAUUGCAGCUAUGUAAAAUUUUUAAUGGGUUAAAAUUAUGGAUUCAACAUACCAAAUCUUUAAAUUAAAUUAAGUUUCCAUAUAUAUCCUUUUUAGACACCAUCAACAAACAUGAAAUUUAUUUUUGUAAUUGUUAUAGAGAGCUUGUUUACAUCAUAUUUUCUCGUGCGUGCCCUCUGAUUGACCCCGCAUGAGACGCUGUGUUCACAAAGGGGUGUGGCUUAGGCCUUUGAAGUAACUUGUUGACGCCGCCAACGAAGUGUUUAUUUCGCAUUAUUUAUUGGCAUCAUUAUUUCUAAUUGUAUUAACUGUGUACCGGUACGACAUCUGCCAUACUGUAAGUUGAAGAUUGUAAUUUUAUUUUAUUUUAUUUUGUAAUUAUCUUAAGACAUAAUAAAUCUUAAUUAAUUGUAACUAGAAACUGUUUUGGGUCGUAUCUUUAAUAUUGUUGAUUAUAUGGUAUCGUCCUUUGUUAGGCACUGUUUACAACGAGCCAAUUAAAAUUAAAAUAGGAGAGUAAUUUCUCCCAAUACAAGUCAGUGCGUAACAAAUUGGGGGCUCGUCCGGGAUAACCGAAUCCAUAUUUUAUUCUCAUUAGACCCCAAUUUUAACAAAUUGUGGGAUUUUCCGAGGAUAAUUUUAAUCCAUAAUUUUUAUUACACCAAUAAUAAAUUGAGUGCUUUUUCUGUGGAUUUUGACCCACUGUUUACCUUAAUACACUCAAACUAAUUUGAGUUCACGAUACCAUUUUACGACACCAACAACAGAGCUGGUUACAAUUUUUUCAUUAGUGUGUGCACUAAGCUUAAAUUUUUAUAAAAAAAUCAUUGUUAUAUUUUGCCUGUGUCAAAAUGGAUUUUGAUAUUGAAAACCCAUCAGUAGAGGCAUUAGACAAAUGUUCUAGGAAGGAGCUAUUUUCCAUUGCUAAAGCUCUAGAAAUAAAUGUAGCUCAUUCGGCCGUAAAAAAGACCAUACGAGACAUGAUCAUCGUUCACUUUGUGGAUGAAGACAUGUUAUCUGAAGAUGAACUGGCCUCAGUCACACAACCGACUGAUCCAAGUAUGGAGCUCCAACUAAAGCUCAAACAAAUGGAACUAGAUGCCCAGAGAGAAAAAGAACGUGAGCUUAAACAGCUGGAGCUAAAUAAAGAACGUGAGCUGAAACAGCUGGAGCUUGAAGCUCAGAGAGAGAAAGAAGAAAAAGAACGAGAGCUUAAACAGCUGGAGCUAAAAGCUCAGAGAGAGAAAGAAGAAAAAGAUAGAGAGCUAACAAUAAAGUUAAAACAAAUGGAAAUAACGGCCAAUUUAGGAGCAAUGGAAAAUAGACUCACGGCUCCAGCCGGUCAGGGUUGCGAUGCAAUUAAAUUUGCAAAAGUAAUCCCUAAAUUUACAGAAAAAGAGGUUGACCAAUAUUUUGCGCAGUUUGAGAUAACUGCCCAAAAUUUUAAAAUUCCUGAAACUAUGUGGUCCACCUUACUUCAACCAGCCUUGACCGGAAGGGCAUCUGAAGUCUUUGUGUCCCUGAAUGCGGAACAGCGCGGGGACUAUAACCUAGUAAAAUCAUUAAUACUUAAGGCUUAUGAAUGUGUCCCCGAAGCAUACCGUAAAAAGUUUAGGGAACUGUGGAAACGUGAUGGCCAGACUCAUGUUGAGUUCCUCCGGGAAAAGGAACGGCUCCUGGACAAGUGGCUGCACGCAACCAACACCGAGACAGACUUCAAGAAAUUCAAGAACCUCAUUCUGAUGGAGGAGUUCAAGAACUGUGUUCGUACUGAGGUGCGAAUACAUAUUGCAGACCGUGGCGAAGGUGACGCACAUACGGCAGCAGUGUUAGCCGACGACUUCACCAUCUCACAUCAACUUUCCAAGAAUCCAUCUGACACCAAAAAUGACAGGCACAAUAAGACAGCUGUAUCAACUUACAGUAAACCUCCACAAAAACCAUUCAAGCCCGGUACGAAAGAAAUUGGUGCAAAAGACACAUGUGCCUACUGUAAAAAAGAAGGACAUACGAGGGAUGAUUGCUGGAAACUCAAGAAGAAAACUGAGAAGACCACACAUCCUGGUACACAACACAAAGUCUCCGCUUGUACGUCUCGUCAUACAUCUGGAAACACAUUUUCAAAAUUCAAGAGUUUUUGCUCUCCAGAUGUCCAUACAAACUUCAAAGAGGUUUGUCACGACUCAUCAAAGAGUUUCAAAAUGAACAAUAAGGCUAGUUUUACUGACUCCAGCCAAGUUCCUGCUUCGACUGCGAGUUUUAUGAGCUUGUCGCCAAGAUCCUUUUGCUCCAAGAAGAGGUCUACCUCCAGAGGGCGUUUUACUGAGGACUUGUGUGCAAGUUUUGACGACUCUACCCAGAGUUUUACUUCCUCUACCCUAGCCGAAUGUUCUCAAGACUCCAACAAGAGUUUACCUACCAAGGUCCAAAAUUCUACAUCAGAAACUACUGAUGUCAUACAAGACUUCAUGCCUUUCAUAUCGGAAGGAUUCGUAUCACUGCCAGGUGAUUUUUCCAGUCUACAACCAAUCAAAAUCUUACGAGAUACAGGUGCUUCACAGUCCUUACUACUUGAGGGUAUACUUCCCUUGUCUGAAUCUACUGCUACUGGGAGCAACAUCCUGUUACGAGGUGUAGAGCUGGGAUGCAUAGAUGUACCUUUACAUCUCAUCAACCUAAAAUCAGACUUAGUCUCCGGACCUGUGGUUGUGGGUGUCCGACCAACAUUACCAUUGGACGGCAUCUCGUUGCUGCUAGGCAAUGACUUAGCUGGUGGGAAGGUGAUAGCCGAGCCCAUCGUUACUCAUGAACCUUGUUUAAAUGAAAAUCAGGAAGAAGAUCAAGAAUUGUAUCCAGCAUGUGCUGUGACAAGGGCCAUGAGUUCCAAGAUCUCCACAAAAGAGAUUUCACAAAAAAGCAAUAAAAUUCUUCCUGAAAUUGACCUGGGAAAAACAUUUUUUGCAAGUCUAAAUGAAGAGGCUAGUAAUUACAAGACUCCAACUCGAAUGCAACUUAUUGAAGAACAGAAGAGUGAUCCAGAAAUAGUCAAACUUCGAGAGAACGCUUUGACCCAAGAAGAAGCUGAACAAUUCCCUAUAUGUUAUUACCUUCAAGAUGACAUACUUUUGAGAAAAUGGCGACCUCCAGACGCAAAUGCUGACGAAGAAUGGAGGAUAGUUCAUCAAAUAGUAGUUCCUACCCCAUUCCGGAACGAAGUCCUGAACUUAGCCCAUGACUCACCACUUUCAGGUCAUUUGGGAGUAAAGAAGACAUAUCACAAAAUCACGUCGCACUUCUUUUGGCCCAAAAUCAAGAAAGAUGUGGUUGAAUACUGCAGAUCAUGUCAUACUUGUCAGGUUGUAGGGAAACCAAAUCAGAAGAUACCAGCAGCUCCUCUUCAACCCAUUCCAGCAUUCGAAGAACCUUUCAGUCGCGUUAUUAUAGACUGCGUUGGACCUCUGCCAAAGACAAAAUCAGGUCACCAAUACUUGCUGACAAUCAUGUGUGCGUCAACAAGAUUCCCAGAAGCUAUUCCUCUUCGCAAUAUCAAGACUCCGAACAUCGUCAAAGCCUUGACGAAGUUUUUUACAUUGUUUGGUCUUCCGAAGUCUGUACAGUCUGACCAAGGAACCAACUUCAAGGCUGGAAUAUUCAAACAAGUGAUGAACCAGUUGGGCAUAGAACACUGCUUGUCGAGUGCAUAUCAUCCUGAGUCACAGGGAGCACUUGAGCGAUUCCAUCAGACGUUGAAGAACAUGAUGAGAACCUACUGCCUAGAACAAGAGAAAGACUGGGAUGAAGGCAUCAACAUGCUACUGUUCGCCGCAAGAGAAGCAGUUCAAGAAUCACUUGGAUUCAGCCCCUUCGAACUGGUGUUUGGCCACACGGUUCGCGGUCCCCUUAAACUUUUAAAAGACACGUGGAUGUCAUCGGCACCCACGGAAGGACUUCUUGACUAUGUCCAAAAAUUUAAAACUAAACUUUUUAAUGCCGUUAAUUUGGCUAAAACACAUUUAAAAGAUUCACAAUCUAAAAUGAAAGUUUGGUAUGACAAAAAGUCAAAAUUCAGACAGUUUGCUUCAGGGGACAAAGUGCUUGUGCUUUUGCCGAUACCAGGGCAAGCACUACAAGCUAGAUAUUUUGGUCCUUAUGUUGUUGAGUCCAAAAUCAAUGAUUUAAAUUACAUUGUGUUAACACCAGAUCGUAAAAGAAAGAAACAGUUAUGUCACAUUAACAUGUUAAAAGAAUAUUUUGAUAGAAAAUGUGAUGAUCAUUGUCCAUCCUCAGAAACAAAUGUUAACACAAUCUCAACUGUAACUUCAGUACUUAAAGAAAAUGUUACUGAAACCUUUGAUAGUGUCCCAGAAAAAGUUGGUAAUUAUAAACUUAAAAAUUCAGAAAUAUUGGCCAACUUAGAUAAGAAACUAGGACAUUUGUCAUUGUCAGAGAAGGAUGUUGUUAAGUCUGUUAUUGCAGAUUUUGUUUUACUCUUCCCUGAUGUACCUAAUAAAACCAACAUUGCUGUACAUGAUGUUGACAUUGGCAAUGCAGUUCCGGUCAAGCAACACCCCUAUAGGGUCAAUCCGGAAAAACUUGAAAUAAUCCGGUCUGAAAUAAAAUACAUGCUUGAAAAUGAUAUAAUUGAACCAAGCUCUAGUAACUGGAGUUCACCAUGUAUUUUAGUCCCAAAGCCUGACAAAAGUUACAGGUUUUGUACUGACUUCAGGAAAGUGAAUGCAUUCACAAAGACUGAUUCCUUUCCGAUUCCAAGGAUAGACGAUCUUAUAGAUCGAAUAGGUGAUGCCAAAUAUGUAACCAAGAUAGACUUACUAUCAGGUUAUUGGCAGGUUCCUCUAUCUGACAGAGCAAAAGAAAUCUCUGCUUUUUGUACUCCAGAUGGUUUAUAUCAAUAUAAAGUAAUGCCGUUUGGAAUGAAAAAUGCCCCAGCUACAUUCCAACGUCUUGUAAAUAACAUUAUUGCUGACCAGGAAAAUUGCAGCGCCUAUAUUGAUGAUGUAAUUAUUUACAGUCAAGAUUUUUCAACUCAUGUAAACCAAUUAAGAUCUCUGUUUAAAAAAUUUUUGCAGGCAAAUGUAACUGUAAAUUUAAAUAAAUGUGAAUUUUGUCAUGCAACUGUGGAAUAUUUAGGUCACAUAGUGGGUCAAGGUCAUGUAAAGCCUGUUCAAGCUAAGAUAAAUGCUAUUGUAUCACUUCCACCACCCACUACUAGAAAACAGUUAAUGAGAUUUUUGGGAAUGGCAGGUUAUUAUAGAAAAUUUUGCAAAAAUUUCUCAGUUAUUGCUUCUCCUUUAAGUAAUAUGUUAAAGAAAAAUGCAAAAUUUCAUUGGUCAGAUGCUUGUCAGGAAGCAUUCGAAAACAUUAAAAAUAUACUUGCUAAUGCUCCUGUUCUCAUUGCACCAGACUUUAACAAACAGUUUAAAUUAGCUGUAGAUGCCAGUGAUGUUGGCAUUGGUGCAGUUCUUUUUCAAGAAGAUGACCACAAUGUAGAUCAUCCUGUCUCUUAUUUCUCAAAGAAAUUUAACUCACAUCAGAAAAACUAUUCCACUGUAGAAAAAGAAUGUUUAGGUUUAAUUCUUGCUCUCCAACAAUUUGAUUUUUAUGUCAGUUGUUCUUUACAUUCAGUACUUGUUUUUACUGAUCACAAUCCUUUAACAUUUUUGAAUAAGAUGGUCUCCAAAAAUCAAAGAUUGUUAAGAUGGAGCCUAUUUUUACAAGAAUAUAAUUUGGACAUCAAACAUAUUAAAGGCAAAGACAAUGUCAUUGCAGAUACUUUGUCCAGAAAUUAAUUUUCACUUAUGUUAUUGUUUAUAAGCUGUUAAGAAGUUUUUUGUCAAAUAUUUUGAGAGUAAGAAAUGUACUUUCUUCAAUUUUAAUGGAAAAAGAAUUCCAUUUUUUUUUGAAAAAUGAAAUUUUUUUCUUUUAAGAGGGGAGGUGUUAUAGAGAGCUUGUUUACAUCAUAUUUUCUCGUGCGUGCCCUCUGAUUGACCCCGCAUGAGACGCUGUGUUCACAAAGGGUGUGGCUUAGGCCUUUGAAGUAACUUGUUGACGCCGCCAACGAAUAAAAAUAAUUAAUCUGUUCCAAAUAGUAUUUGGUAGAAUGAUUGGGAUUUUUCUCAAAAUGUCUCGAAGGCAGGGCUUGGGCGUCGGUAGACCCACCUAUAUAAGGGAUUGACAGGCACGGAGGAGGGACGGAGAUUUCCGAUAGAUUUUCUUAACAUUACGAGGCGUGUUUUAUUCUUUGUGUAUUUGUGUGCUCCUACUUAUAUGUGUUUAUUUCGCAUUAUUUAUUGGCAUCAUUAUUUCUAAUUGUAUUAACUGUGUACCGGUACGACAUCUGCCAUACUGUAAGUUGAAGAUUGUAAUUUUAUUUUAUUUUAUUUUGUAAUUAUCUUAAGACAUAAUAAAUCUUAAUUAAUUGUAACUAGAAACUGUUUUGGGUCGUAUCUUUAAUAUUGUUGAUUAUAUGGUAUCGUCCUUUGUUAGGCACUGUUUACAACGAGCCAAUUAAAAUUAAAAUAGGAGAGUAAUUUCUCCCAAUACAAGUCAGUGCGUAACAGUAAUCAUAAGCAAAAUAAACUGUCUUUUGAGAUUUAAUGAGAUUUUGAUAAGAAAAUUCAAUAUAAAUGAUGCAUUUAAUUUAUGUAACAAAAAUGUUUAAAUAUAUAUAUAUUUUAAUCUAAGUAAUAGUGUUUAGUACUGUUACUAUAGGAUUUACCGUACCAACAUCAUUCAUUUUCUGUCCAGCUUGGAUGACCUACUGAUUGCUGGUGUGAACAAGGCAAUGCACCUGGUCAUAUCCCAUAUUGAGACUGAUCCUGGGGGUGAAGAGAAUCUAAAUGAUGCUGAAACAAUUGUUGCUGUACAGAAAAUAUCCCGGUUUGUAGUACAUUCAGAAAAUAUCUAGGUUUAUUGAACACUUAAUUGUCUACUGUGGCCUACUAACUAAUUAACUUACAUAUUGUGGAGGAAGCUUUGGGCUAAUACUGUGGCGGUAUGCUCCAUCUGUUGGGCUGUGCCAUAUCCAUGAAUAAGUGACUGGUCUUUCUGGUCAAAAUGAAUGGAAUAGCCAUAUUUAUCAUUACUUGAAUCAUUUUGUCAAAAAAAAGUUGAGACUUCAUUAUUUACUAUAAUUAACGAUUGCUAGUUUCUGAUACAUUUGAAAUAAAAAAUCAUUUCUGUGUCGUAAAGUAUUGAUAAAAGAGACAUUAUAUGCAAGACUGUUUUACUAUGAGCAAGUUGUGCAGUGUUAGAUAUAUGUGACUCUAAUCUGUUACCAGGCUGUUUCCUCAUGUGAAUAUCAUCACGGAGGUCAACGAAGCAUCCAACAUGAGGUUCAUGCAUUUUAAGGCCAAGGACACAUACAUGUCCCAGAUACGCAAACUGGAGAAGGUCAGAUCGUGUUCACAAUGUUCUGUCAUAUUAACAAAUCUUGUGUGAAUAGUUUAAAAACAUUUAACAUCAGCUUUAAAUUUUUGUUAGUAACAGCCAUGAAUGAAAUCCACCUUACAAUAAUUGUACGUUCUGCCCCUGGGUGCAGUGAUCAAGCAGUUUGAUAUGCUAUAUGACAUGUUCGCGGAUGAUACCCUACUUCAGAUAUCUGUGAUCCCCUCUCAGUUCCCUCAGCUUCUUAGUAUGACACAGAAGACAGUGGAGUCAGUUAAGCACUGGAUGACUAUAAACAAGCUCAAAUUGAACGAUGAAAAGACCGAGCUAAUCCCAAUUGCUACCGCUCAAAAGCUAAAAUAUAUAAAUAACACACAAACCCUUACUCUCUCAGGUAUAAAGAUUGAGUUUGCUCAAACAGUGCGAAACCUGGGUGUCUACUUAGACAGAACAAGCUAUGGAAAAUCACAUUAACAUACCUUGCAAGGCGAUGUUUCUAGAGCUGCGCAGAAUUAGUCAUAUCAGACCUUUCUUAACGUUAGAUGCAUCAAAGAGGCUAAUGUCUACAUUCGUGCUAUCACGCAUGGACUGGUGGAAUGCUCUUAUGGUGGGUCUUCCAGCUGCGUUCCUGGAUAAAAUUAAAAAAGCACAGAAUAAUGCGGCUCGCAUUGUUCUUUGAAAACACAAAUUCGACCAUGCUAAAACACUUCUGAUAGAUUUGCAUUGGCUGCCGGUCCGCGCUCGCAUAGAGUACAAAAUUGCAACUCUGUGCUACCGCUGCUUGCAUGAACUGGCACCGUCCUAUCUCAAAGUGCUCAUGACGCCUUAUGUACCCGCUAGACAACUCCGCUCAUCUGAUAGUGGCACACUCUCGAUACCACGUGUUUGCCUUGAGAUUUAUGAGGGGCGCACGUUUGCAUUUGCUGGCCCAACAAUUUGGAACACCCUUCCUGUCGCUCUUAGAAACGGUCAGACACUGGAGUCUUUCAAAACUGAUUUGAAGACUUAUCUAUUUCGCCAACACCUGCUGGGGGGAUGUUGUCUAUCUAGCUGUUAUCUUGUGGAUGUAUAUUGGCCUUUGUUGUUUAUGGUUGCAAGGUAUGAAAGACUUAGAAUGGGUCGUUUUUGUAAUGUUGCAUUUUGUACUUCUUCUUCUUCUAUAUCUUAGGGGCCCACGAUCAAUUUAUUGAUCAUUUUGGCUCCUAUGCAUGUAGAUGGGAUUUGCAAUGUUUCUGUUACUGGUGUUGAUGAGGGAAUCAUGCACUAGGGGUUUGAAGGCUUGAGGUGUUGUCGCCUCAACCGUUCCUUUUGAAAGAUUGUUCCAGUUCCUGAUUGUCUUGGGCAGGAAUGAGCAGCUCCUCUACUGGCUUCUUGCUGGUAUGGGCCUGAAUUGCCUGUCAUGGCCUCGUCACUGUCUAUGGGGAAGAGGGACAAGUUUCUGUUUGGUAUGUACCGCGCUUCGAGCCUUUGGGGAUGAAGUGUGAUUUUCAAAUAAUCGUUAUUAUUAUUAUUAUUAUUAAUAAUUUUUUAUUACAUCUUACGCUUGAUACCAAUUUCUUCUACCGACCAGAGAUUAAAAGAGCAGGCGGUCUCUCAUCUGCCCUACAUGUUUAGACUUCCCUUUGCUGCUGGGAAGGUGUUCAGCUCUCACAUGUUGGACAGGCUGUUGUAUCAGGUCAGAUUCUAGCAUCUAGUAUUGUUGGAUCCAUUAAGAUUUGUCUAGACUAUUGGACUUAACUUCAUCUUUCAAUCAUUUUUGGGCCUUUGGGCUUUGUUUGAAUGUAGAAGGGGGGUAACACAAUGAAAAGGCCCCACCAACUUAAUGUACCAGGCCUUGUGAAAAAAAAAAAUUUCUUCAAAAAGUAGCACAAAGUGAAUGACAAAUUGAAAACAAGUUCAGAAUGUAUAUAUCGUCUGUGAGAUACUUUAAUAUUUUUAUUUUUGAUGGGUAUUAAAUUUUUUUAUAGAUAUCUACAUUUCUUAACUACAUAUUUAUACUUUCAUAGAUAUUUACAUUGUCAGUUCUUGUCAUUUCUCUAUCUUUCCUCAGACAUUUGUCAAGGGUUAUCUCAUUAGUUUUGUCAGACUUCUGCUUGGCAUUGAUGCUGAGAAAAACUCUGGCCAUCUAUCAAGUGUAAGUCAUUGAAACAAAACUUCUUGGAUGAGAUAACGAUCCAAAUACAUGGAAAUAGAUUUCUAUUAUAUUGUACAUAUUUAUUGUUAGCAUGAUACAACUUGGUAGUCAUUGUACAGGUUUUGGUUGUUUAUACUUGGUCUGUGGUAAGGUGUGAUCUGCAGCAAGGAAUCAGGUGAACAAUUGUGUGGUCAGAAUCUUCAAAGAGAAAAUAAACCUGUCAGCUGUGUAGAUGUGUUUCCAUGAGGAGACAUUUAGAGUUUUAUCUUGCUGUGUGGGGCACGUCGCACCCUGAGUGUAUGGUUAGCACAUUGUCAGUCAUAAACUAGAACAUUGUGAGUCAUAAACUAGAACAUUGUGAGUUAUAAAGUAGAAUAUUGUGAGUCAUAAACUAGAACAUUGUAAGUCAUAACUAGAACAUUGUGCUUUCAUAAACUAGAACAUUUUAAUUGAUAAACUAGAACAUUGUCAUUCAUAAACUAGAACAUUGUGAUUCAUAAACUAGAACAUUGUGAAUCAUAAACUAGAACAUUGUGAUUCAUAACUAGAAUAUUGUUAUUCAUAAACUAGAACAUUGUGAGUCAUAAACUAGAAUAUUGUUAUUCAUAAACUAGAACAUUGUGAGUCAUAAACUAGAACAUUGUGAGUCAUAACUAGAACAUUGUGAGUCAUAAACUAGAAUAUUGUUAUUCAUAAACUAGAACAUUAUGAGUCGUCAAAUAGAACAUUGUGAGUCAUAAACUAGAACAUUGUGACUCAUAAACUAGAACAUUAUGAUUCAUAAACUGAAACAUUGAGAGUAAUAGAUCUAGAACAUUGUGAGUAAUAGAACUAGAACAUUGUGAGUCAUAAUCUGUCAGAUAAUAGGAACUUAAAGAAAAAUAAACAACAAAUAGAUAAUUAUUUUAAAAAAAUUUAUUUUGUUUUCUUUCAAAGGUACGAAUUCGACGAGCAACUUUGUCGCAGUUCCCUACUUAUGGAGAUUUGUACCAAGGUCUCUGCUCAACCACGGGAGAAAUUCCUUUUGCUAUUUACAGGACAGAGAAGCAAAGCACCCCACCCUCUCCAGUAGACGUAAGAUUCCUAAUGGCAAAAGGGACAAACGGUGUAAAAAUGAAUCAGAAACAAUGCUGUGUUUUCUUAAUUAGCAUAAGUCUUUGUUUACAAUAUAGUGCUCAAAAGAUCUUUUUUAACAGUAUGGUAUUGACGUUGGCCUAAAUUUUAAAAUCUUCCUUCCGUCCACCAUUUGUCCAGGGACCAGAUGCAAGUGACAACAACACCAAACACAAGCGCCAUGGCAGGUACCACCUGUUUGCCUUUUCUGAACAUAAUAAGAAGAACCUGAGGUCAUCCCGCACAUCGGUUGGCGCCGUCUUCUCAGAGAAAGAAAAACACAGCGACAAACACCUGGAAGAGAUGGUCCAGGCCAGGAUGGACAGUUUAGGACUGGGCAAUAAGACUCAGCCCUGUAAGUAGUUGGUUCAGUAUUCCUACAAAUAUAUUUGGGUUGUCAGGGAGAAAUUUGUCCCAAUCCAACAAGUGGAUUCUGUCUCAAUAAACCAUGUCCUUUCCAAGAUCUUUGGCUAAAAUAUAUUUGAACAGUCAUUGCCAGGUUGUAACAGAUCUUUAGGGACUGUGUUAUAUUAUAGCCUUUGUCUAUUUUUUACUUUAAGGUAGAACUAAUUUUAGCCGCCAACCCUUCUCUUCCCCUAGCAUAGCAUAUAGCUUGGCUUUUUUUCCAUUUCAACAUAGAUUUUGGUUGAGCCCCCACCACUUGCCUCCUUAGUAUGGCCUUGAUAUUGACGUCACUGAGUAAAUGUGCUGUGUCACUCCUUCCUUGUCCGCCCUUUCCUUGGCUGGGAAGACGUUGUUUACAUUGAAAUGCAUUCAAUCUAUUUUAAAGAAUGCCAUUAGGUGACGCAAUUUCUAGAAUAUCUUUACCAGAUCAUUCGCAUUUAAUUCAAAUAAAGCCUAUUGGGUUUCUUAACAGACAAAAAGCAAGACAGAAAGAGCUAGGGAGAGAUUUAUGCUGUAUGAGAUAUUAUAUAAUUGUGUGUGUGUAAAUUAAUAUUUGUAUAUUUAGGAGUGUACCUUUUUCACUUGCUGUAAGUUGAUAUGGCUUUUUUGCUUCUCUACUCAAAUUUGUAUUUGUAAAGAAAUUUAUUUUUAUAAUUAAAUUAAAUAUCGUUAGUAUUACUAGCUUCAAGCUUUAGUAUCGUUUUCUUUGCAAACUGUUUCUCAGCCCUUUGUUACGUAUUGUUUAUUAUACGAGCCAAAAUCUUAACACAGUUAAAUCUUCAAAACUCUAAUAACUGGCUUUAAAAUAUCUCAAAAAUAUGCCAUUAACAUAUGUACAUGUUUAGGUGGGGAAGGUAAAGAAAUUGUGACACUUUGUGACAGGGGGGGGUGGGGGUCUGAAAAGGUCAAUUUUUUGUGUGACGUAAUUAGCCAACGACCCCUAAGCACAAAUCUGUAGUAACUAUCUGAAAAUUCUGACAGUCCAUAAAUAGCUUUUAGUUCUUCAACAAAUUCCAAAAUAUAAAAAAAAAAAAAUUUGAUAAACUCCAUGUCCUGUGACUAUGGCUAAAUGAACUUUUCCAACAGGUCGUUGUGGAGGGGUGGUUUUGGUUUAUUUAAUUGAAUGACGGCCCCUAAACACCAACCCUAUAAUAUGGGGGGGGGGGGGAUGUUGAAAUAUCAUGCAAUCAUAUAUUUGAAUGAUGAAAGCAGCUUCACAUUGGGUUUGAUAAUACACUAGUUUUUCCCCAAAAGGUUUAAAUAUUUUAUCUAGGAAAUGAUUGAAGAAACCUUGCAAUGUCAAAUUUACUAAAUAAAUUCAGUAUUUUUUUAUCAUAAAAAAACAACACAGGCAUAUUUUCUUUUAAAAAAUAGUGCCUUUUAUUUGAUAAGUUUCUUCAUUGUCUAAGAUAGUGUCUAGUGCUGUCCAACCUUUUUGACCCUGGAGGUACAAAUUGUUUUUUUUUCGUAAUGCUGAGGUCUGCACAUGACAUCUCAAAAGAAAUGUAUUAAUAGCCCUUACUUUAUGCAUAAAGAAUUGUAUAUUGGUUAGCAACAUCAUCUCAACAAACAAAACCUCUAGCACAUCUUGAACAUCAGCUCAACAAACAAAACCUCUAGUACAUCUUGAACACGAUCUUUGGCUUUGGCUUGGACUUCUUAAUUUGUGACUGGUAUUCAGUAACUGCUUCCCUAAUUGUCUUUCAUAAAAGUUUUUCAGCCAAAGCGUUUCAUUUUGGACUUCAUUUUGAUUAUAACAGAGAAUAUAGCUUCACGGACAUAGCUACUUCUUGUCAAUAUCUUUUUACAACAAUCCAAUAGUUGUGGAAAUUCAUCUAAAGAAACAUAAGUUAUCCAGAAUUCAGUUGGCGACGCAUUCUUAUGUUUGUCACGAAGAGCCAUGUUAUGCAGAAUUGAAGAGCCAUGUUAUGCAGAAUUGAAGAGCCAUGUUAUGCAAAAUUGAAGAGCCAUGUUAUGCAGAAUUGAAGAGCCAUGUUAUGCAGAAUUGAAGAGCCAUGUUAUGCUGAAUUGAAGAGCCAUGUUAUGCUGAAUUGAAGAGCCAUGUUAUGCUGAAUUGAAGAGCCAUGUUAUGCUGAAUUGAAGAGCCAUGUUAUGCUGAAUUGAAGAGCCAUGUUAUGCUGAAUUUAGAGCCAUGUUAUGCUGAAUUGAAGAGCCAUGUUAUGCUGAAUUUAGAGCCAUGUUAUGCUGAAUUUAGAGCCAUGUUAUGCUGAAUUUAAGAGCCAUGUUAUGCUGAAUUUAAGAGCCAUGUUAUGCUGAAUUUAAGAGCCAUGUUAUGCUGAAUUUGGAUGAUUUCAAGCUGCACUGCACCUUCACCUCCUUCUAAAUAUCAUUGUGGCCACAAUGGAGAUAUCACAUGAAAUGGAAUUUUUAAAAAAAUCAAAACAUAAGUAAGACAGAGAAUAUCUUUAAAACGAUCUGUGAAAUCUAACUUUAAAUUUUCUAACAAUAGAUUGAAUCGAUUACUUGCGGCCAGCUCUGGAAGUUGUUGUGCAGUCUUUGCAAGCGCUAGGAAGUGAGUAAAAUUUGACUGAUUCAUUUGAGUAAUGAAUAAGUCCAGCUUAGAUUCAUCAGCGCUGGUAAGAUUUGAAAAUGCCCUUGCAAUUUUAAUUAUAAUUUAUUAAGGUGAUCUGUGAUAUCAGUUAGAAAUGCUUGCCUUACACUAAACUCAGGCAUUUCCAUAUCAUUCAACAAAUCACCCUUUACGUUGGUCCUGAGAAACGUUUUCACUUUUUCAAUGAGCUCACAGAAUCUUGCCAGCACUUUCCCUUUGCUCAAACAACAAACAUCAGUACGGUCCACUUCUCCAACGUUAAACAGAAAUUCGUCCCUCUCCCCCCUAGACAGGGACAAGACCAUGGUGGGCAGUUCAUGCUUAUAACAGCAAGAACCCAGUACAGGAACUGCUCAUUCCUGCCGAAGACGAUCAGGGACUGGAACAAGCUUCCAAAAGGAGCAGUUGAGGUGACAACACUUGAAUCAUUUGCGUCUAUAGUCUCAGGCCAUCCAACCCCCAGUUCCCUCACUGAUAACCUCACCGAGUGGCCCUUGCAACCAGUAAAAUGACCUCUUCACUACCUGGCAUUGAAACAUCAUGAAUCCCCUCUACAUAAAUAGGAGCCAGAAUGAUCAGUACAUUGAUCGUGGGCCCUUAAGAUACAGAAGAAGAACAACAAAAUAAUCCCCCAAAUCUCUUUCAUCUUCUCCUAAGUCUUCAACUACUGGUCAUUUAAUAUCUCUUUCAUCUUCUCCUAAGUCUUCAACUACUGGUCAUUUAAUAUCUCUUUCAUCUUCUCCUAAGUCUUCAACUACUGGUCAUUUAAUAUCUCUUUCAUCUUCUCCUAAGUCUUCAACUACUGGUCAUUUAAUGUCUCUUUCAUCUUCUCCUAAGUUUUCAACUACUGGUCAUUUAAUUUCUCUUUCAUCUUCUCCUAAGUCUUCAACUACUGGUCAUUUAAUGUCUCUUUCAUCUUCUCCUAAGUCUUCAACUACUGGUCAUUUAAUGUCUCUUUCAUCUUCUCCUAAGUCUUCAACUACUGGUCAUUUAAUUUCUCUUUCAUCUUCUCCUAAGUCUUCAACUACUGGUCAUUUAAUGUCUCUUUCAUCUUCUCCUGUCUUCAACUACUGGUCAUUUAAUGUCUCUUUCAUCUUCUCCUAAGUCUUCAACUACUGGUCAUUUAAUGUCCAGCUAUAAUUAACUGAUGCUUUAGUAGCACAGUCGCUUGAGCUCAAAGUCAUUCAGAUUCUAUUUUUAAGAAAUAACGUUGUCGUCUCUUAACUUUGUUCCAAGUGGAUAAUCUCUCGGAAAAUCUGCAUGUACUGACUUGUGGUGUCUGUGAUUGGACUUUUUAAUACCAGAAAGAAGUCUGGCAUAUCAAACACACUGGCUGUUCAUUGAAAACAAAAAUUCCAGUUCCCAUAAAGCAUUAAAAGUACGGGCCUCUUCAGUUAAUUUCACUUCUUUAUUUGCCAUUUUGGCCUUAUCUUUUUAUACAUAAAAGUGUUUUCAAGAAUCGUUGGUACUUUCUCUCAGAUUUUCUCCCUGACGGAAGUACACUAACUACAAACACAGCUUUUUAUCCUGCUUUCUGCUCCUGGAAUUGAUCAAACUCUGAUUAAUGAAUACCAGAUACUAGUCUAAUUUUGUCUAAAAAAUAUAAAUACAGGAUGGACAUACCGCCCCAAACCUGGAGAGACUGCCUAUUUUGUUUGAACUGGCUCACAUUGCAACACCUUUAGUAGCCCAGAUCUCACCUAGUUAACUCCUGUCUUCUUAUUGUCAUCCUUUAUAAGGCAGCCGUUUUAACACGUGGGGCUUACAUAUCUAAUUCAACUAAUCCAGUCCUGCUGGUGUACAUGGAAAUUUUAAGAUGACGAGCUAGCUACAAAUCAAGUUAUUAUACUUCAAGUUUCCAAAUUCAUCUUUCCCAAUGCUGUUAGUCAUUAAACCUAUACACCCCGAACACGCCCCCCUGCCCCCCCUCCCUGCCCCCUUUUUUUUAAGCUGGUGGAAAAAGCAAAAAGAAAAAGUUCGUAGUAGCCUAUUUCAUGUCGCUCCAUGUUCCCACAUUGUUGAGAGGCUGCUGCGCUUAACAUAAAUUACUGCCAUCUGUCAAGCAUCCCUCUACUUUUGCCACACCCCUUCUUUUUUUUCGAAUGCCAUCACUUCUCUUCUCCUCUUAUGCCAUUUCCCAAAACUGUAUCACUGAAUGUCUUUUGAUUUUUUUUCCAUGUAUUUUUUUUUAGACAAAUGGUAAAAAUGUCUCAAGCUCUGGUGGGCCAUUUAAAAACCAGUCCAAAGGUUGGACAGCAUCUUGUCUCAGAUCAUUUCAAAGAGUUCUGUCAUUCUGACUUAAUAAUGAUGUAUAUUUUUUCUUCAAUGUAUUUAGACACCAUCCAGAAACCACCAAAGACAUUAUCCUAUGUCAUUGUGAACCCAUCCCCCAAGAGAAGGCUCAAGUGUGGAGACAUGGUGUAAGUUAUAGACGGCCAUCCAACCAUUACAAAUGCAAAAUCUCCAUUUACAUUAACACACCCCCCCCCCCCCCCCGCAUGCUGUAAAUGUUCAUUAGUCUACUGUACUAAUGAGAUACUGUAAGACUGAAAUUUGUAUCCUGACCAUCCAGAAGUAGAUGCAUUUUAACAACCAUUGCCAGGAUACAACAGAUAUUUAGGGACUAAAGAAUAAAAAACUGAAAAAUCUGUUUCUUAAAUUUCACCUUUGAUGAGUACUGUAUAUAAAUGUAUAUAAUGCAAGAAAUUUAGAAUAAAAAAUGCUACUUGACUUCAACCCUUUUUUGUAUUACCCAGUAACACUUUUGAAUUAAACAUAGCAACAAGAAAAAUGUCUGUAUGCCCUACCCUUGGCUAUGGGCCCCACCCUUGGCUAUGGGCCCCACCCUUGGCUAUGGGCCCCACCCUUGGCUAUGGGCCCCACCCUUGGCUAUGGGCCCCACCCUUGGCUAUGGGCCCCACCCUUGGCUAUGGGCCCCAUUCUUCUAACACAUUUACUUCUUUCCUAAAUCAAUAAAUCACAAAUGUCGAAGUCCAAUUUUCAUCAAAUUUUGAGUUUUAUAUUGAUAAAUAAAUUUUAAAUAAAGAAGAUGAAUUUAGAUGUAAGUAUGAUAAUUCAUCAGUUAAUUACGCUAGCUCUAGUAAUACAGAUUCCUGUACUGUAUUGAAUUUAAAUAUUUUGAAUCCAUCAAAAUAAGCGACGUCUGUCUGAUCAAAGUUAUUGAGUUUACUGUUUGAUAACCUUAUGUUUCAGCCGUCCAGGGGGGAACAAGUCAUCUUAAUCUUAUGGAACAACAUUACUAGAUAUGUGGACAGUCCAUUUUAGUGCUUUAUUUAAAAAACAAAAAUUAAGGGUUGAAAUUAUAAGUGGGCCAUGUUCUAUGUUGUAAGAUACAUUAAUAUUCAAUUGUUCAUGUUUGUACAAUGUAAUGUUCAAGAUCUUUUCUGUCACUAUCAAUUGAGCUGCAUGAACACAGGAUUCCAAAUGUCAUCUGUAGAGACAUAGUUGUGUGCAUUGGCCAGCUGCAACAUUUGCUGAGCUUCAAGUCAUUAUGACAGAAUGUGUUCAGAUAAAUAAUCUUGUACAAAAAUAUGUCAGUUAUAGAAUCUAAAGUCUCACAAAUUUUUUGUACAUGAGCAUUUAUCCAAAAUGCCUGCAUCCAUUGGCAAAAUCUUUUAUGAUUAAAUCUUAUUAUGAUCUCCCCCCCACCCUCCCCCCCUCCUCCAUUGGGUAGCUAAUAUAGUAAUGUAUGCUAAGCUUGAAUGCAGUCCAUCAAUUAUUAUCUUUGUGCUAAUAUAAGUUAUAAGGGUGGUCUUUAACUCAAUAUCAUUGCACUAAAAUUUAACGAUUAAUAUUAUUUAAGGUGUUUCCAAGAUUAAAUUAAAAAUUUAUAGAAUUGAAAUGUAGAUGAGGAUAAAAAAAUACUUUGCCUGUCAUUGAUUUGACUAUAGUUUAACUCACUUUGUUCAAAUUCAACCUACAACAUACCUUAUACUGUAUAUUACCUUGUUUCAAUUCAACCUACAACAUACCUUAUACUGUAUAUUACCUUGUUUCAAUUCAACUUACAAUAUACCUUAUACUGUAUAUUACCUUGUUUCAAUUCAACCUACAACAUACCUUAUACUGUACAUUACCUUGUUUCAAUUCGACUUACAACAUACCUUAGACUCUACAUUACCUUGUUUCAAUUCAACCUACAACAUACCUUAUACUGUAUAUUACAUUGUUUCAAUUCAACUUACAACAUACCUUAGACAACCUGCUACAUACCUUAUACUGUACAUUACCUAGUUUCAAUUCAACAUACAGUAACCUUGUAUUUACAAUGCCCUCAUCUCUACAGUUAUGUCAUCCAGCCCAGCUCAAUGCAAGCAGUCCCCAACAAACUGAAUCGUAGCAGCCGAGUCCUGAGCAAAGUUUUCCGCACCCGACACAUCAGCCUAAACACCAGCAACAUUAACAAAGUCACUGGGGACGCCACCGGGUCUCCGGGAAGCCCCAGUUUCAAUUCUGAUAACCCGCUCUUGCUUCACAGAGCAGGUGUCAACCCAGGCAACCACUCCCCCAGGCCGACAGAUGUUUUGGUGGACGUGAAGACCAACAGCGACAAAAACAUUCUUAUGGAGGAAGAUGAGUUUGACCCUGGCGAGAUGAGACCCCGCUGUAGGUCAGAAUCCAGUGCCAACAGAAAGUGUGGCGGCUUU